AUGUUCCCGGUGCUGCGGCAGUUUUCACGCGAUCUUCACCAGGAUGCGAAAAACUUCUGCUCCCGGCGAGCACGUCAGCCUCUGAACACGGAAUGGCUAGAACCUGCUCCUCUCGAGGCUAUCGAUGGGACGGAGUUGGCGAAGAAGUUACAAGCACUGCAGGCGCGGCUGCACAAAGCAGAAGAAGGCUUCGCAUCAGAAGCGAUGGACAACGUGCCGGAGGAGAUGUCUAAGAUCGCUGCUUCCCUUGAAGAGCUCUCUGGAGAUGCCAUGGAUCGACCUGCACGUCGCCUGCACUUCUCCUUGCAGCAGCGUCUUGCAAAGCUGCAGGGUCGAUGUCAAGCAUCGUGGAAGCUGGCAGGAAAGGCCGGGAGCCGCGUCCUGGCAGACUCUGAGCUCUUGCGAUUGUCUUCUGAGCAGGAGGAAGCUGUGGCAUACGAGCACAGCUUGUUCCUUCAAGGUCGGUCGGGCACAGGGAAGACCUUGGUGUUGGUGCAGCGGAUCAUUCAUCGCAGAGAGCGCUGGGCUUCUGGAGAUGCGAAGCCCAAGUCCCAGCUCUUCGUCACGAAGUCGCAGCUUUUGAGAGACACCGUAGUGAAGCAGCUUGAGUCGGCGAAUGUCAGAGUCAUCUCGGCUCCAGGGCAGCAAGCGUGGCCUGCGAGCGGCAAGGUCUUGUGCUUCACGUGGAACCAGCUGGUUUCACAUUUCAACAUGUCGCCUGCGGGCGGUUGCAUCGGGUUCAGAGAGUUCGAGCAAGAUAUCUAUCCACAGCUGCAGCGAGCUUUCAAUGGCUUAUUGACUUUGUCCGCAAAAGCCGUUUGGACUGAAUUUUCCUGCAGCUUGCGCCCCUUUGUCCACUGGCACUGGAACGGCUUAAGCCUCGAUGAAUAUCUCAAGAUGCCAGUGAGCGGACAAGGUGUCCAUCUGACAACUGCUGACCGUCGAGCCAUUCACCGAGCAUUUACGGAGUACAUUGUCAUCAAGGAGAGGAUGCGCAGGAAGGAUGAGAUCGAUGUGGCCAUCGCGCUGCGCGAGCGCAUGCCUGGUGCUAGCCGUGUUCAUGAAGUGUACGUGGAUGAAGUCCAAGAUUUCGCGCCCACCGAACUUGCGGCUUUGCUAGACAUUUGUGGAGACAGGGACGGCUUCACGGUCGCCGGCGACACAUGUCAGACCAUAAACCCAGGAAGCGCCUUUUGCUUCGUGGACAUCAUGCAAGCACACAGAAAGAUCUGGGAGCUGCGAGGACACAAGUCUGCAGAGGACACGGAAAAUGGCUUGCAUGUGUUGCGAUACAACUAUCGCUGCGCACCUGGUAUUCGAGCCCUCGCCAAUUCAAUCACAGGGCUGCUGUUCAGCAGGUUUCCUCGUGCUGCAGAUGAUAUUCAAGAGAUAGACGACGGACUCAAGAUGCGCGUUCGACCCCUUCUGCUUGAGACCGACCAUCCAGCGGAGGCCAUUGCCGGAACCUUGCAUUCCAGGGUAGGAACCGGACGCUUGAAGCUGGAUUGGGCUAUAGAUGCCAGCUCUACGGCCGUCCUGGUGCCUUUCAUGAACCAGACGGGCAAUCAAAACAUACAUCAGAAUGUUGAGAUUCAGAGGGCUGUGAAGCUCGUAGAGGAGGCGAAAGGCUUGGAGUUCGAUUUGGUUGUCAUCGUCCAGCUGGUUGGGAAAUCAGCCCACGCGCGCGCCAUCGGAUCUUUGGCGGAUGCCAGCUCAGAGGGUUCUCAGCUUGCGAUGUUCGCGGCAUCAUCGCAAGAAGGCGACAUCUUUCUGCAGCACAGCCUGACUUUCUAUGAGAUGAUUCCUGCGAUACAUGAGUUCAAGGUCCUCUAUACCGCCAUCACGCGUGCCAAGUUUGGAUGCGCCAUCUUAGAAGUCAAUGCAAGUUGUAGUGAAUGGAGCCCUUUGCUGUCCCUUUGGUCAGAGGAGGGAGUGGUGGAGCACUUGGCAAGCUUGGAUGGCUACAAUCAAAGAGUCGAGUCGGGCAAGCCCGGCUCGGAAUUCGGCUUAGAUGGCUUAGAUCGUUUGGCAUCAUGUCCAGUUGCAGACGAUGCGAGCUUGGUCUCAGACUCGAGCUGUGACAUCACGUUGCCUGAGUUCGUCGGUUGGUUGGAAGCAGAACUAGAACACAGGCAGGGCCGAGAUCAUCGACGACCAAGGGCACUGCUACGAUCCGAGUUGGCAAAGGUUGACGAUGAGGACUUCCAGCUGAACCUUGCCUUCUGCCAGGAGUUCGGUGAACUCCACGGGUUUCUGGUUGAGCCCAACUUCGCAUGGAAGAGGCCUGCUCCUGCUGCUCCUGCACCCGUGCAGAUGCAGUCAGGGAGGAGUGUCAGCACGGCCCGAUCACAGGAAGUUCCGACAGACCUGCCGGCACUGAUCACCUUCAUGCGCCAGCAUUUUCAGCACAAGGUCCUGGAAGAUCUGCGGAUCCCUUUGCAAGAGCAGCAGGAACAAGCAAUGCAGCUUCUGAUGCAUGCAUUGGACAGCCCCCUGGAGCGUGCAGAGAUCUUCAAGGAGUCCUUGCAGGUGGCCAGGCGUGGCUUGGCGUUGUGUGACAUGGUGUUGCAGGUGCAACUUCAAAACAGCGGCAGAGAAGAGGCACCCCGGCAGCUUUGGAGCAGCCCCGUUGGGUUUGCUGCUUCCCCGGAUCAGUGGAGAAGGCAGCUAGCCGUUCUUAUGCAGGACGCAUCAAAGCCGAGACAGAAGAGUCCAUUACGCAAGCUCCAGAAGAUGAGGCUGUGGGAGAACAUCUUCUCCUUCCUCGUGCCUGAGUCAACAUGCAUGUGUGGCCAUGUCAGCUUGGUUGCAGAGAGGGUGUUGGAGCAUGCCGUAGCAAGGCAUGCCCUGCAGCAGAUACUCGUCCGAUCGAAAGCGGGCUAUCGACUGGCAACGGCAGCAUCAAAGGUUGAUCUUGGAUCAUGUGUGACAGGGCUGGAGGAGUGGAAAAGGCAGAUGUCACUGCAUGCCGAGCGACCGAAGUGGUUGCAGUGGCACAAGCACUGGCUGGCUGUCGCAGAGUUCGUCUCCUUUUCUGCUGGAGCUGCACUGGGAACGAGCGGCAGAUGCACCUGUGAUCGAGGAUCGGAAGCAUUUCAGAAGCAGGGCUGCAGCUGCCUGCAGAAGAGGCGCCACGAUCUACCGGUACUGGUAGAGCCCAAGACGGCGCGAGAACAUCUUUGGAAGCGGCUCACUCUGAAGCUUUUUGCCGCUGCUGCUUUGGACAAGAUUGCAACGGGGCCCCGACCCCCCAAUCUGCUGGCUCUCGUGGCUGAGUUUCGGAAGCCUCUUUGGAGAGUAUCUUCGUCAGACUUUCGGUCGCUCUUGCAGAAGGCAGAAGGAAUUCUGGAAGAGACCGAAACAUCGCUUCAGAGGCUGCUUGCGUGCAUCUCCCAACGUUACAUCCAAUGCAGCGAGGCCGGUCGUGCAUUCCUUUGUGCGGGUGACUCUGUCAACGCAGCAAAGGCACUGACAGAGGCAAUGGCAACGGCCAAGGUGAUUCUGAUGUUGGGCAGGCAAUACCCCAUCCUCUUACGACCCCGCGGCCCGGUAAAGACAGAAAUCGAAGCUUUGAGCAAACCAUUCAAUCCGGACUCUUGCAUGUCCGCAUCUGCAGACUAUGCAUCAGGCUCUGGGGUGUGUUACGAGGCGGCUCUUUGCUGGGCCGACUUGACAGAGAGCGUGGACAGAGGCAUUGACGUGUCAGAGGCGUGGUAUCAAGCAGAAACAGCCUUCGCAAACAUGUCAGAUGCGUUUCGGGCUGCAGUGUGCGCAGCGCAGUGUCGAAGAUGGCAUAAUGCUUGCGUCUACCUGAGUCGCAGCGAAAGCAGAAGCAAGAAUGCUGAAGCUCUUUUGUUUUUGUGUCUUGCUGCACAAGGUUUGUUUCCAAGCCGAUGA